AUGGCCAGAGGUAAGAAAUUCGACAAGAAGACCGCCCAGACGUUCAACAUCGUUCAUAGAUCCCAUGAGGAUUCUCUAUAUUUCGAUAACGACGCCUCCAAGCACGUGUUGGUGCCCGCUAAGGAGAGACACAAGACCAUCACCAAGCAUUCGAAGAAUGGCCAACCAAAGAAGAUCUUGAAUACUGCAGAGUUGGAGCAGUCGCUCACCAAAGAGGAGCUUGCAAGCAUCAGAGAAAACGAGGGUUUGGCUGCCCAAUACGGUAUCUUCUUUGAUGACUCCAAGUACGAUUACAUGCAACAUUUGAGACCUAUUGGACAAGCAGCCAACGCUGUGUUCAUUGCUAAAAAGGAAGAUGAAAAGCCACAGAAAAAGAAUAUCGAGGAUAUGAUCAAGGAUGCACUUCCCUCGGAGAAAACCAGAAGGGUCACGCAUGACACGUUUGAGAAUAUUCCUCGCGAACUUCGAGGUUUCAAUCCAGACAUGGAUCCCAGGUUGAGAGAGGUAUUGGAGGCUCUUGAAGAUGAGGCUUACGUCGAAGGCGAAGAAAAAGAAGGCCCAGAUAUGUUUGCUGAUUUGCUACAAUCGGGAGAAGUCGAAGACGAGGAGGAGUUCUACGAAGGGUCUGAUUACGACGAAUGGGACAUGGACAACUACGACGAUGAGUUCGAUCAGUAUGCACUGGAUUACGAGCCACAAGAUGUGGAGCUUAUUAACCCAUACGGGGAGGGAGAAGCACCGGAGGGAGUUGUAGGCGCCGCAGAAGCCACAGGUUUGGUGAGUAAUGCAUGGGAGCAAGAUUUCAAGAAGUUCAAGCACACCACGCGAAACGAAACCAACGACUGGGAUUCUGAUGAUGAUUUUGAUGAAGAAGAUGGCGAAGUGGCCGAGGAAAAUGACGUGGUUGGUGAUCUCCCGGCCAUUGGAAAGAAAAAGCCCAAGAACAAAAUCAGAAAGAAGAUGGGUGCCAUGACCGAUACUUCGGCAUUUUCUAUGACAUCUUCUGCCUUGUUCAGAAGCGAGGGCUUGACAUUGCUUGACGACAGAUACGAGCAACUCGUGAAGAAGUUUGAGGAGGAUGAGGAAGAGGAGGAGCCGCAAGAGUUCAACAUGAAGGAAGAACGUCAGGAUUUCGAAGGUAUGCUUGACGACUUUUUGGAUAACUACGAGUUGGAGCGUGGUGGACGUAAGCUUGUUAAGAAAGAUGCAACGUUGCAUGCGAUCCGAGACGCUGCCGACAGUGUUUCCAAGAGUAAGUUGGCAGCUAGACGGAAGAAGCAGACAUCGAUGGGAUCUCUUGGUGGAAGUUUUGGCAACCUCAGAAUAUAG